CAGCCCGCUAAUUUUUUUUCUCAGCUUAAAAAGUUUCACCUAAAUUUUCUUCUCCAUUCCUCCAUUUCUUGAGCAUUACCACCGCGCGGCGAAUAUCACAUUACCUUUCCAGCCUCGCCCAAACUUACUACUCAGUUUGCGCAAGUCUACAAUGUGAUAAUUCUGGCACUCCUUCAUAUAGGUUGUCAAUUGCGGUAGGGAAGCUUCAACAACUAUGGCGUCGAAUGGCAACUCUGGUGUGCCUCCUGGCAUGGAGGAGUUCGUCGUUGGCAUCAUUGGUAUGGGCGACAUGGGAAAGAUGUAUGCGCGAAGGCUUAGUGAUACUGGCUGGAAAGUGAUGGCCUGCGAUAAAGAAGAGCAAUAUGACAGCUUGAAGAAAGAAUUUGCCGACAGGACCAAUAUAAAAAUUCUUCGAAAUGGUCAUCUUGUGUCCCGUGCAAGUGAUUAUAUCAUCUACAGCGUAGAAGCUGCGGCUAUUGGCCGUGUUGUUGCUGAAUAUGGCCCUUCAACGAAGCUCGGCGCCAUAGUGGGUGGACAGACCUCAUGUAAGGAUCCUGAAAUUAAGGCAUUCGAAGACCACCUUCCUUCCGACGUAGACAUCAUCUCGUGUCAUUCACUCCACGGCCCAAAAGUUGAUACAAAAAAACAACCGCUGGUUAUCAUUCAGCAUCGUGAUUCUUCCAACUCCGUAAAAAAGGUCAAAGCUGUUCUAGCAUGUUUAGAAUCUGAGAUGGUAGAUUUAACAGCACACCAACACGACCGUAUCACCGCAGACACCCAAGCAGUAACACACGUAGCCUUCCUCAGUAUGGGCAAGGCCUGGCAUUCUAUGCGACAAUUCCCAUGGGAAGGCGCACGCUACGUCGGCGGCAUCGAGAACGUCAAGAUUAAUCUCACCAUGCGCAUCUACAGUCAGAAAUGGCACGUAUACGCUGGUCUCGCUAUCCUCAACCCCGAGGCCCGGAAGCAAAUCGACCAGUACGCCAAAAGCGUUACAGAACUAUACAAGCUUAUGCUCGGCGGUCACCACACUCAGCUCCGAACUCGCGUGCUACGGGCCAAGGAGAAUGUGUUUGGUAAGGAGCAUGAUCCAAAAUGGGCUGAUAAACCGCUACUCGAGGACGAAGUACUCGACCAAUUCAGUUUGGGCAAAACUCCAAAAGAAGAUCCCCUACCCAAUAACCAUCUCAGUCUACUAGCGAUGGUAGACUGUUGGAGCGCUUUAGGUACUGUGCCGUACGACCAUAUGAUAUGCAGUACCCCGCUCUUCCGGCUAUGGCUUGGUGUAACGGAACACCUAUUUCGGGAUCCGGAACGAUUAGAUGAAGCGCUACGAAUUGCGGUCGAAGAUAACACAUUCCGCAGCGACGACCUAGAGUUCACGUUUGCGGCGCGUGGAUGGGCUGAGUGUGUCGGCCUAGGACACUUCGAAACUUGGAGGGAUCGUUUUGUUAUUACGCAGAAGUUCUUCGAGCCUAGGUUUCCGGCAGCUAUUGAGGUCGGCAAUAGGAUGGUUAAGGCUGUGCUUGAGAGUACGAAGAAUUAGGAUGGUGUUUUUAAGGGGUGUUAGGUGGUUGGCUAAUUGCCUUGUAUUAUCCUAGGGAUAGGUACCUAGGUAGGUAUGCGCCUGCAAUUGUAUCAUGAAAUUAAUAAUUUAAGGAUUGUUGACAUACUCCGAUCUCCGAACACCAUAUUCCCCUAGGCUCACCAUAGUAAAAGGUAUGUUGUCAAUCCUUUUCAAUCUGAUGUGUCCCUCUCACUAAGGUAUAAUAUCAUAGAUGCCACAGGUAACAAGAGAUACCACCCAACCGUGGUUGCGUCGCUCAUCAUAAUUGAACACCUAUCA